AUGCGCAACAAAGUACCAGUAGGCAAGUCCUCACCUCGUCCUCACGUGCAGGUUAAUAACUACGGGCGAAUUAACUCGCCCGGCGAUGACAUCCGUGUAGCCAUGGCGAAGAACGCGAGCAAGGCGGCAAGUCCUACCGCCGCCUCCGGUGCGAGCUGUGACGGGGACGACGGAGACGAAGCGAACGGCGACGACGCCGAGGAGGAUUGGCCGGAGAACGGCCACGACGACAGCGCUUCAGGCGACGAUGUAGGUCCUGCUGACAUCGAGGAGGACGACUGGUGGAAUCGGCCGGUCGGGAGCGACGACGAGGUGGAAGAGUGGCAUGCUGGUGAUUCCGACAACGACGGAGGUAAAGAUGCGCAUGGUAACAACGCGGAGGCAGCGGCGGAUGCACAGGAAGCGGCGGUGGAUGCGAAUGAGGAGGCUGACGACGAGGCGGGGGCGGAACUUGAGACAUUUGCGCCUGCGGAUGCGGCCGCAGUUGCGGAUGCGGAAGGCGAGGAAGGCGGCGACGACGACCCAUGGAGCUUUGGGACCGACGACGACGUCCCGCUACUGAAGCGGAGGCUGCGCCAUCGCCUACAGUCCAAGUCAAAGCGGGCCCGCGUGGUGCUCUCUGACGACGACGGUCCGGGGGAGGAGCGUCGCCCGAUACUCACCGCUGCGGAGAAGGGGAAAGCCAAGGUCGCGGAAGCCCCUGCUAAGGCCCCUGCUAAAGCCCCUGCUCGUCGCCGCACAAGCAACAAGAAGCUGACAUCCGACGGAGACCCGGGAUCCAGCAAGGGUGCGGCUAAGAAGAAGGCGAAGAAGGUGUCGAAUCCUGACGACAUCGUCGUGAACGAACCGCUUGGCAGCGACGAUGAGUACGCGGCGGCGGCGGGCCCGAUUCCCACGUUCCCUGAGAAGGACAACGGGUGGAUGGACGAGACCGCUGUGCAAACCUGGCUGUCCAAGGAGGUGCUGCCCCAUCUGAACCCCCAGCGCGGCCAGAACGCAAGGCGGGCGAUGCUGGUGUUGGACUCCUACCGCGGUCACAUCACCCAGACCAUGCUUCAGUCGUACCACACGCACAGCAUCACCCCUGCAGUCAUCCCAGCGGGUUGUACGAGCCAGAUUCAACCCCUGGACGUCUCCAUCAACCGGUGCUUCAAGGCUGCUGUGCGAGCGCGCUACGCCAGGUGGUUCAUGCGUGAAGGGAUUCACCUGAAGACGAAGAAGGGGAACCUGCGGAGGCCUCCGCACCCCGUGGUGCUGCAGUGGAUCGCGGAGGCUUGGGAUCAAGUCCCCAAGCAGAUCAUCAUCGACGCGUUCCGCCACUGUGGGAUCUCGAGCAAGCUGGACGGAACAGAGAACCACCUGGUGAUGUCUCACCUGCGCGCCAGGAGCACCACCGAUGUCUCCGCGGACAUGUCUCUCGGGGGGACCACAUGCGACAACACGCGCCUGCUCGGUCGGGCUCCAGAGGAGGAGGAGGAGGAGGAGGAGGAGGAGGAGGAGGAGGCGAUGCAGGCGGAGGGUGUGCGGGAGGUGGCCGUGGCAACCGGCCUGGAGGUGCUGUACCAGGAGACCCCCAACUACCGCGGAGCGGCGGCCGAGGCUGACCGCAUGAUCGAGCCUAGGGAGACGGCUAGGCAUGCCUGGCGAGUGCCAGACCUGGGUGUAGAGCCUGAUGUUAGUGCAGGUGAGGAGGCGGUGACUGAGGGGGGUUAG